AUGAAAUUGAACAAUGAAACAGUCACAAUAGAAUUGAAGAAUGGCACAAUAGUCAAUGGUACCGUCACAGGUGUAGACAUGCAAAUGAAUACACAUCUCAAGACUGUUAAGAUGACAGUCAAGAACAAAGAACCUAUGCAGCUUGAUACACUCUCCAUUCGAGGAAGCAACAUUCGAUUCUACAUACUACCAGACUCCUUGCCACUAGAUACUUUAUUGAUUGACGAUUCGCCAAAGGCCAAGAGCAAAAAGAAGGAGGGCGCUGCCCGAGGACGAGGAAGGGGCAGAGCUCGAGGAGGAUCUCGCGGAGGAGGAAGAGGCGGCGGAAGAGGCCGAGGAAGAUAA